UCUGAUAAAAACGAGUUAAGCGGUUUGUGCGUCAUAUAGGGGCAAUUAAACACCUGAAUAGAAAUGAACAAACGGAUAUUAGAUUGAGGCAAAACAAUCUAGAAAUAUUUAUGUAACAUGUCGCAGUGUUUUAUUUUCCCAGUGCAGUUAAAAAUUAGAUGUUGUGUGCAUGACAUCGAUAUAUUUGUUGUUUAUUUCAUCCUAAAGAGGAGGUAUUGUGAGCAGAGAGAAGAAAUGAGUCAAUAUGGACAUAUCCUCCUAGCGGUGUACAUUUUCUUAUUUGGAAACGCAUCUUGUUUUGUUUCAGUUCCAUUUGUGCGCGGCCCGGACCCCUGGUCCGACGAGACCGGGUUACUGAAGAUCCAGUAUUACUGCAACUUCCGCGCACCACAAGUAGGCUUGGUCACCAGCGAGUCGGCGAGAUUGUUAGUAAUUUUCAAUCAAGAAGUACAGGAUAUCUUGAACUGGAACAUGCUCACUCUGUCCCCCGCAAGCGUCAACAGGUCGGACAAGGUGUUCGUCCUGACAAACGAAAACAACACGGACUUCACCAACUUCCAGUGGUCCUUCCACGUGGUAUGGAAAGGUGACAUCGAUUAUGGUCCUCCCGUCCGCACCUCCUCCCCCGCACCCACUGGAACAUGUCAGCUUGGCACCGAUCUUGUCACAGUUCCGAUUGAGCGUGGCUCAAAGCCGUGGUCCGAAGGGUCCGGUUUACUUAGGAUCCAGUAUUACUGCAACUUCCGCGCACCACAAAUAGGAUUGGUUGCCGGCAGGAUGGCGGUAUUGUUAGUUAUGUUCAAUCAAGACGUGCAAGAUGUCGUGAACUGGAAUAUGAUCACUUUGUCGCCCGCAAGUGCCAACCGGUCGGCUAAGGUGUUCGUACUGACAAACGAAAACACAACGGACUUGACCAACUUCCAGUGGUCCUUUCACGGAAUCUGGAAAGGAUUCAUCACCAAUCCUGAACCCACGGGCACGUGUCAAAUUUUCAACGGAAAUGCGGCUUCUACCACUCUAGCGCCUGCGUCCAUCACUCAAGCGCCUGAAUCACGAUCAGUUUCUACAUCUGGAUACGUCGGCAUUGGGAUUGGUGUCUUUGUGUUGGUUCUCAUAGCGGUAGCGGUUAUUGUCAUCGCGUACAAGAAACGCCGAAGACAGCUGCAUACUGAAGAUCCAAAUUUCCGGUACUCUCCAAAAGCUGAUAAAUGUGAUAUGUCUGCAGACACGGAAAAUAUACCACAGCCCGUUCCACAUGGUGUCAAACAGAAGCGCAUACAUUCAUACCUCGAGUUGGAUGGUGCCGUUUAUGAUGAAAUAGGGGACGUUGAUAGCUCAAUAUUGCCGCCUAGACGAGCCCUGCCUUCUCCCCCGGGCGCAAAGAGCAGCGCAGACGACGAGUACCUUACAGUGGUAUCUCCUUUGCUCCCUAGGGACAUACCAGCACCACUUAAUACAAAGGACGAUCUGUUACUCCCAGUGCGUGUCACUUCGUACGAAAUACCAACUACAACAGAUAGUUCAGUGUCAACAUUGUAAACAAGUAUUACUUAAAGUAAACUGAAGAUAAGAUAUAUACCCUUAUACCAUUGUUUCUUCAGGUUAAAAAUUGUUUUUAAACAAUAAUAAAAUGAUUUGUAUUCACUCAAACACUCGCUAUAUGUAAAUUGUAAAAUAACAUAUAACUAAUUAAAGUAACAUAAAUCCUCAAAAUCAACGAGUAUUUCGCACAAUAUUUCGUAAAAUAAAUUAAACCCAUAAAAAUCAGUGUUCCUUAUAGAAAUUACCAAAAAUUCAACGCUAGAUUUGGCAUGGUGACAUAGAUUUAACGAUAUACAAAAUGCUCUUUCUUAUUUUUGGUGGCACAAUAUAUCCCAUUUUAAUUUCUUGCGACGAUAUAUAUUCAUACGACACACGAACACUAAUAUGGUACAUGAACAUGUGUUUGAUAUACUGUCCCACACACAAAAUAAUUGGGUAUAUUGCUAAAUCUAUGUUACCAGAGGACAUUUGGCGUUGACAAUUUGGCUAUUGCUAUAAGGAACAUUGAUUUUGUAUACUAUUAUGUGUAAACCUUAUUUUUCGAAAUAGUGUACGAAAUAUUCGUCGUUUUUGACUGUUAAUUGGAUUUUAAGACUUAAUAACUCAAAUCGAUGUAUGAAGGUCAAAUAUCAACUUCUGUUGCCUACACUAUUAAGGGAAAACGUGAAGCAGAGUAGUAAGUACUUUUCUUAAGCGAACUUAAUAUUAAAAAUUAUUAUUAUAAUAUUAACUGUAUUGUUAUAUAUAUAUUGCAUGCAAUAUUUUUGCUUCUUAUAAUGAUUUGGGGGGGGGGGGCUUAAAUUGCUUACAUUUGCCAAAAAUAAUGUGGUAACGCAUAUGAAUUUGAUU